UCUCACAAUUUUGAAGUCUGCAUGAACAUUCUGAGUGCUCUACUAGGCUAGUAUCCACCCUCCCGCGGCAAUCCCUUUUUCUCAAAACAUUGAUCACCAUGACAUCUCUUCAUCAGCAGAAAGACACCACCGCCAUCUUCUACGAGGCAGCCAGAUGCAACACUUACGGCGUUCACUUCCUAAGCUGCAACAACCGAGAACGAGCGCAUCACAACUUCAAACUGGCGUUCCGCAUGCUUUCCCAGCUCAUGCACGACUUUGAGAGGCAAGGACCUGGUAGCCGCGAGUCCUACUCAGAGCUUGCACGCCCACUCGCCCUCACCGCCAAGGCAGUGCCAUGUUCCGAACAGGACAGCAAGACAAGGUGCUUCUUCCGGUACAACCAUGGCCUCAUCUUUGCUCCGCCCUCCACCCGUCCUACUCACCAGCAUGUGGCCUUGGCAGUCUCCGCAGCCAUCUUCAAUACCGCUCUGACGUACCAUCAGCUACCCGGCUCUCACCACUUGGAGAAUGCCUUUUCUCUCUACCACAACAUCUUGGAGAUUAUUCAAGAAGUUGGAGGUACCAUGCGUCAGGGACCUGCGCAAGACCACGAGACCAUGCAGAUCCUGAGGGCCUUGGUGCUCAACAACAUUACCCAUAUCUUGGUUACACGCCAUCAAGUGGACAAGGCUCGGCGGGGAUUGGAGCAUCUGGGCCUGCUCUCCCCCUUCCUCCGAAAGCUCCAACAGGAACAGGAGCUGAACUCUGCAAGGACGCCCUACAUGAUGAUGCUAGGUGACCAAAUCAUGGCAGAGUUGCGCCUGAACCUGGUCGUCUCGGGGAUUCCCACCACAGCCGUGGCAGCAUAGAAAGAGACUUGCAUUCACCAUUACAUCUAGAUACCUUACAAUGUUAAUUCAUAGCAACCUCCAUAUUUCAUCUGAUAAAGAUUGCUUGUCUACCGGUAGCUAGUGGCUGGCUAGAAGUUCCCGUAUCUACCAACGCAACUACAGGUACCGGUAGGGCUAGUAGCUGGCUAGGAACUUCGAGCAUGCAGCUUCGAACCAGUCCAGCGUACAGCGUACAGCCGUAUUUCGAAAACAAGGAGAGGCAUCUACCUGG